AUGCAAUAUUCUGUUUCGCACGCAAUUUACAGUAACGAAAUACGUAAAGGUCAGGCCGUCCGAAGGCUACCAAGUGUGAUUAUUAUUGGCGUGAAGAAAUGUGGGACUAGAGCUCUACUGGAAUACAUGAAGCUCCACCCUGCCAUUAAAGCACCGGGCCCGGAGCCACACUUCUUUGACAGAAAUUAUCAUCUCGGACUCGACUGGUACAGAUCAAAGAUGCCGCUAACAUAUGACGAUGAAAUUACAGUGGAGAAAACGCCACGGUACUUUGUGACCCCAGGUGUGCCAGAGAGAAUUUUCAAUAUGUCAAACGUAACUAAACUUCUUCUUGUAACUCGAGACCCAGUUGUCAGGGCCAUGUCAGAUUUUACACAAUCUGUAAGCAAAGGUGGCAACAGUACAAAAGUAUCUUUCACGAGCCGAGUUUUAAGAAGAAAUGGCAAAGUAAACACGCAUUCAUCUAUUGUGGAAACUGGACUAUACGUAAAAUACAUGCAACAGUGGUUGCAUAUAUUUGGUAAGAAAAAUAUACACUUGGUUAGUGGAGAAAAUCUAAUCAAUAAUCCAAUAGAAGAACUCGAAAAAGUGCAAGAUUUUAUUGGAGUAGAACGAAAAAUCAAUAAAAGUGCAAUAUAUUUUAACGCAACUCGGGGAUUUCCUUGCAUUUAUCGACGAGAUAAAAAUCCAUCUCAUAAGUGUUUUGGACAAACGAAAGGACGUAGUCACAUACACUGUGCAACCCAGCUCAAUGACCUUCGAGUUGACAGUCACACGUCAUAUGAACCCAGCUCCAGUGUGUCGGAAUUUCAAAACUGUAUGGCAGACGUUCUGAGGAGUGAUCUUCUUCAGAAGAUACAGACAUCUUGCAAGUAG